CUUAUUGUUUUUUUGGCAUCUUUAAUUUCAGCUCAGUUGUAACAUAACCAAUUUGUUCGUUGAUUCUAUUACUCAAAAACUGGAAAAUUAGUGGGCAUUGCAGUGGACUAAAAGCAUUCAUACCUUUUAUUGUCUUUCAGAUCUGUUGUUUUCACUUGUGUGUGACAGAAUGUGUUGUUUUUAUCGAUAUUGACUCAAAUUUUCGACGAUCUAGAAUGAACAUAUUAUAAUUCAUGUCAUGCUUAAAUGUGAUUGUAGCUGGUUUUUCAGUUGUAGGGUUCAACAAAAUGUUGGACUUUAACAGUUUAGUGUACUAAUCAUUUUAAUGUUGAUCUUAAUGCCACGAUGAAGACAUCAACCCUCAAGAUAUCACUAAGCCAGGAGUACUUGAAAAAGCCAUUGUCAGCAAGAACAUUUACAACAAGUGUUUCAAUUUCAAUUGGAGAACAUUUGGAGAGUUUAAGCAAGCAUGCUUCUUACCCAAGUAUCACUGACAAUGAUUUGGUUUGUAACUGUGGAGUUGAGCAAAUAGAUACUAACAUGUCACACAGAUAUAAAGACUCACAGUCUCUACCUUCUUCAUUACCAAGAAGAUACUAUUCUCUUCCAAAGAAUUAUUCAGGAUCAAACACUACUAAUGGUAAAGAUUCAUCACACCCUACAAGGUACAGAUCAACUUCUUCAUCAUCUACAAAUUCAUCCACGACACCUUCAUCACAAUCUUUGAGAUAUGGAAGUUUGCGGACUUAUGGUACUUCAACAAACUCUUCUUUAACUGACGAUCUAAAGAAACCAACAUCUCGCAGAUUGGGCACCAGUUCUCUGAGUAGCCGACCCGUUGGUAGCAGUAGUAUUCUGCGCAAAAGUUCCUAUGGUAGCAUUAAAACCGGUUCUACAUCAACAACUCUAAGAGAUUCAACUCCCUCAUAUUCAGCAAGACAUGUGUCAACUAUUUCAAACAGAAAUGCUGGUAGAUCUUCUCUUAAUACUGACUCAAACUGGAUCCCAGGAGGAGUUCCUAUUAGACAGCGAUCAAGUAUUACACUGCGUGAGACUGAGUGUGGAUGGGGUCCCAGUGACCCUCCUGUUAGACAACAUUCGAGUAGUUCUUUAAGGGAUUCUCCUUUUACACUGCCAGUGAGGAGAACACGCUCUUCUUCAUCACAAGGUUUUAAUAGUGACAGUGAAACUCACACUUCUUGUAGUCGAAAAUUGAGUCUCGAAACAGUGUCAAGAAGACCUAUUUCACCUUCCUCUGUUAAUGACAAUGAUUAUGGCAAAAGUGGGGAAAGUCAAAGAGCUUCUUCGUACAGAAAACUUAGCCCAGUUGAAACAACAUCAGCAACUUCAUCUCCAACUGUUCAUUAUGCAGGAAGUCAUGGGGUAAAGUCUGACAAACCAGCAUCGCUGACAUCACCCACAGUUCAGUAUUUUGGUAGUCUUCCACGCAAAGACUCGCCAAGCUCGAAGAGUGAAGCUAGUACAACAAGUGGCUCGCGAAGACAAAGUGGCAGCAGUGGUAGUCAGGGCGCCUCAAGUGAUAAUGGUGACGAGCUAGAAUCUUCUGCAGCAAGAAAUAUUUCACUUUUAAGUAGGGAGAUUGCCAGCGUUUAUGAAGGAUCUCUUAACAGGAGUGAUUCCAAAAAAGGAAAAACACCAAACUUAGUGAAGAAGCAAGAAUCGAUUGAGGGAAAUAGUUCAAAGGAAAGUGCAAAACUAGAGAAGCAGUUAUCAAGUGAAAAGAAGUUAAAUAGCAGUGGGAAAUCUUCCCAGCGACAAAGUUCAGGAGGGGAGGAGGGUGUGAAAUUUAAAAAGAGUCAUAAAAGGAGCGUUAGUGCUGGAUCUGCAACUGCAGUAAAAGAUGAAAACAAAGUGAAGCCUGCUAGAAAGAUUACAGGCCUUUUUUCACGUAAAAAGUCUCGGGAAUCAACUGAUUCUGAAGAUGAUGAAGACAGAUUGCAGAAGAGAAGUUCUGGGCUUUUUUCCAGAAAAGACUCAAAAGAUUCUGUCAAAGACUCUGUCAAAGGUUCACCAACAAGAAGGGGAUCGUCAUCGUCUUCACAUUCUCCACCUGUGACACCUCCAAAGAGAAAGAUAUCUGGUCCUGGUAGGUUUUUCUCAUUUUCCAGUGACUCAAAGACAACUCCUGAAUUGCUGAAGAAGUUUUCUGUGCCUGGAAAAUACUUUACAAAUAAAGAAGCAAAAUCAGGCGAAGAGUCCAGUGAUUUAGAGUCGGAAAGUUCAAGAGCUUCUCGACCACCACUGAAACGACGUGUUUCUUUGCCAGGGAUGUUAGGUUUACCAAGAAGUUCUAGUGCUGAAAGGACUUUUGGUGGCCGUCGCCGUAGUCCUGAGCCAUUGGUAGAUCCUGCACUUCUUCAAAGAAGGAGAAGCAAUUUUAAGAAAGCUCAGUCUUUUGAUGUCCAGAUUGAAAAGGGAAAGAAUUCCAUGCUAAGUAAAUUGAAAUUUUGGGAUCAAACCAAAAAGGAUAAGUCACCUGACUCAAGGCAUUCCACAUCACCUGAAGAGGGAAGAUCACGAUCAACUUCUCCUGUGGUGGAACCAUUGGCAGAUGAGAAUACUACAGAAGAGAAAUCAGAGAGCAAAACACCACAGUCAAGGAAAAGCAGGGAGAGAAUGGCGAGGAGGAAAUCUUCACAGGAAAAAGAAGUCCCUGAGUUGAAAAUCACCUCUGAAUCGAUCAAACCAGACACAACAUCAGCCACAUCAGGUGAUGAGAAAUUACAAGUUUCUCCAAAGGUAACACAAUCGUCUAAGGAAGAUGAUAGUGUUAAUAAGACUGUUAAAGAACCUAAAGUUCGUUAUGUUGGCCCAGUAGAAACGCCGUCACCGUUGGAGUUACGUGCAAGGAAACGAGCUGAGUGUAAAGUGAAUUCUGUUGACAAAGACAAUGGAAGUUCUCUUGAUGCCACAGAGAAAUCAGCACACUCUAAGGAGCCAGCAGCAUCUAAUGCUGAUAAAGUGCAAGUCAAGCCUUUGGAUGCCAAUGAUGGUUCAACAAGAGAUACUGUGUUGAAGUUGAGAGAGAGAAGGAGGAGGAGGCGUGAAGAAAGGGAACGUUUCUUUGCUGGUUUGCAGCCAGCAGCAAACAUGACUAAGGAGGCCAGACAAAAAGAUCAGACCUUACAGUCUGAAAAUGGCAAAAAUUUGAAGUCAGAUGCUACCGUUGAAGUGAUUCAAGAUAAGGUUGAUGGAAGAACUACUACUGCAGAUAAUAAACUUGAAGAAAAAAUUAGAAAGGUUUCUACUGAAAGAAACAAUCACAGAGAAGUAGAACAUAUUCCAAAGAUCAGCAUUAUUGGGAAGAGAAGUUCGGUUGAUGAUGUACAAAAAGGAAAAAUGAAAAAUGGUAAGCCGCGAUACAAAACAAUUGCUUCAUCAGUGCAUGCAGAUAUUAUAAAUGAUCUGAUCAGAGAGAAAGGUCUCAAAACGACCACUAACACUGAAGUCAAAAUUCCUUCUGUUGCUGAACUCAGAGCAAAGUUCUUGAUUUCUAAAGACGACGCCAAGGUCACACCCCCAAGGCCUAUUCUAAAGCUUGAAGACCGACCUCAUAGUAUCUGUGGAGGGGUUUUAUCACCAACUGAGAUGAAACAGUUUGAAGACAUUACUUUCUCUCUCGCCAAGAAAGCUUCUUCUGAUGAUGUUAAGAUGAAGAAAUUUUCUGACAGUAGCAGUGACUCUUUGCCAAAACUUGACAUGCAGCGGAAACCCGUAUCUGUUGCAAACAACGAGAAGAGCCCACCUUCUUCACCCAGUGCUAGAAGUUCCUCCAAGAAGGAGAAGAAAGCUGACAAGGUAACAAAUGAGGAAAACCAGGUAAACGAAGAACAAGAUUUAAGCCCAGAAAAUGACUCUCUGAAAAGGAGAAGAGGAAGCAAAAAGAAAAGAAAGAAGUCAUUAUUUGGAAGUGAUAAGGACAAGGAGCCAAAAAGCCCUGAGGAAGAUGUUGAUAUGCCACAGCACGGAGCAGUCUCUUCAGCAAUCAAAGCCAUGUUUUCACGCAGGCCAUCUACUACGGACAAGGUUAAAGUGUCUAGGAAACAGCGAUCAAAAACACUGCCUGGUUCACCAGAGGGGGACACUGUCAAAAGUGGGACAGAAUCAAGAGAACGAAAGAAGUCUGCUCCUGAAUAUACAGCUGAAUCAAAGACUCCUGAUGCACAACCUGUGAGAGUUCAGAAGAAAGAUGCAAAGGAUGAAAAAAUUGUGAAAAUCGAGAAGGUUAAAGAUCUUGAAAAAGAGAAGGACAUAGAGUUACAGCCAAUUGCAGACCUUGAGCAAAAACCUGUGAAGGAAAGGAAAUCCCUUAAGAAACCUUCCAAAAACAAAAAGAGAAAGUUCAACUCAUCUAUGAAACCCUUCAGCAUGAUGAAGACCAAAUCGGAAUCCAAUCUUGCACAGCGAUUUGAUUUUGUCGCAGUGGAUAUUCCCCUUGAACCUGAACCAGAACCAGAGAAAAAAGAUGAAGAUGUGAAACCCCUCAAAGAGGAUCAACAAGAUGAACAGAUCAAGCAAGAUGUCCCUCCAGCAUCAGGUCAGAAAGGAAGGCGGCCGAGUGAGCUUGAAGAAGGUUUGAAGGAGUUUUAUGAUUUGAAAGCAACAGCUGCAAAAGAUGAGUCAAAGGCUCCAGAAAUCACUCUUGAAGAUCUGGAUGCUAUUUCAAUGCAAACGGCACAACAACUGACAUCUCUAGCAGGAGACAGAACAAGAAUAAAGCCAAAGCGUCAUCACAAAACAACGACAAACCCGAUUAAAAACUUGCAACAGAGAAAUGAUGUGAGGACAGAUACUGAGAUUGAGAGACCAAGGAUAGAGAAGAAGCAAGUCACAAGUGAACAUCCUGUCAUCAAGAGAAAGAAAAAGAAAUACAAGGACCCUGAAAACUUGUGGAGACGACACACUCUUGACUUGGCUGCAUCUGCAUUGGCUGGUCUUGCCAGUACAGAAGAUUUCACAAAGGUCAGGCUGCGUAAAACUGCAGGACCGGAGGGAAAGGAUGAGUACAGAGGAACAAAACCCAUCAUGCUUAUUCACAUAAAAGGCCGUCGUCAUCUUCAGGUUCGCCUUGUUGAACCAAGUCUGAAGUCACUGAAUUCUGGAGACUGUUUUGCUCUGGUCUCAGAGAAAGAUCUGUUUGCUUGGAUUGGAAAAGACUGCAAUCCUUAUGAAAAGGCUAAGGUGACAGAGAUUGUCUCCAAAAUCAAAACCAAGAGUGAGUUGGACUGUAAAGCCAGAGACAUUGUGACAAUUGAAGAAGGAGACAUGGACUACAAUGCUGCUCUGGACAAGUUUGCAAGCAUUCUGAGUGGUGAUCUAGGCAGCAAUCCUAUUCGAGAUGCUCAAUCAAUGGCAAAAGAUGAAGAGUACGAGAAAGGUGUUGUGAAAGGGAACAUGGUGUACAAGAUCCAUUGGACAGAGCCGCCAACUCUGAUGCCAGUUGAGAGCAUGUGUGGCCACAUUCCUCAAGUGUCUAUUUUUGACACUAAGGAGGUUUUGAUAUUUGACUUUGGAUCAGAGCUGUAUGUGUGGAAUGGCCAGCAGUCAUUGUCAGGCCAAAGAAAGUCUGCCUUUGCACUGGCGCAGCAACUCUACGAAGAACCGUUUAAACCAUAUGGCAAAAAUUACGAUCCAAUUUUUCCUUAUGGUAAAUCUGACAGCUGCAAUGACCAAGUCGAUAACAAAGUUUCAUCUGGAAGACCAUCAUGGACAUUGUUCGCAAGACUCCAUGAAAAGGCAGAGACGAUUUUGUUCCGUGAGAAAUUCCUUGAUUGGCCAGAUCCAACCAAGAUUAUCAGAAUGAAAGGACAUCCUAGUACCCUUGAGUUGGCACCUGCACCUCCUCCCGUGGAACUGAAGCCCAUUGAUCCCAAGAGCAUGCUGAAGAGUCCUGGACCUCUCCAGAGCCAAAUCUUUGAGGGGGUGAAUGUUGGGCGCGGCAAUGGUGUGCCAACAGUGUGGGUUGGUGAUAUCUACAAAGAAGGAAACCUGGUGACAACUGUUGCUUUGACGGUGUGGCACAUCAAUGAGUACAGACAUUUUGAGUUACCACCUGCAAACAUUGGACAUUUUCAUUCGGGAGAGGGAUAUGUCAUCCGUUGGGCCUACUUUGUACUUGCUGAUAGAAUAGUAAAGGACCGAAAGUCGCGUUGUCGCUCAACUGUUGCAGGGCGUGUACGCUGUGCUUACUUUUUCUGGCAAGGGAAUGACUGUUCAGUGAAUGAGAAAGGUGCAGCUGCCAUAAUGGCUGUGGAGCUGGAUGAGGAGAAAGGGCCACAGGUAAGGGUGGUCCAAGGAAAGGAGACGCCUGUCUUUCUGAAUCUUUUCAAAGGAGGAAUGAUCAUUCACAGCGGAAGUGUACCCAGGAACUGGUAUGACACACAAAAGAAAAAUAUGAUAGAUGAAAAUACAGCAACGUUCUCUGACACUUCGGAAACUCGUUUGUACGUAAUCCGCAAUGAGGAACCAGGAGAAGCCUGCUUGAAUCAAGUCAAAGCAAACUCUUACUCGUUGCGGUCACGAACCAGUUUUGUUCUGGUGUCACGCGGUGAAGCUCACAUCUUUUUGUGGCAUGGCAGCAAAUCCAGUGAGGAUUCUCGUGCCACGGCUAAAGCAGCUGCCAAGAAAAUGCAAGAAAGAAAAAGCAUUGAAUGCAACAUGGCUGGAGUGACAGCUUUCUCUCUUAGCGAAGUUGAGGAAGGAAGUGAACCUGAUGAGUUCUGGAAGGCUAUUGGAGGAAAAAGAUUUUACUGUAGUUUGGCACAUGAUCCCUCCAAACACAACUAUCAGCCGCGGCUGUUUGAGCUGAGCAGUGCUACGGGAAAGUUCACGGCCAGUGAAGUGCUGUGUCCAGCACGGUCUGAGCCAAAGUUAUGCCCCUUCCCAUUUCUACAAGAAGAUCUUUACACUGCUAAACAACCAGCGCUGUUCAUAGUUGAUGGCUAUUAUGAAGUGUACGUGUGGGAAGGAUGGAUGGCUGAGGACGAUGAUGAUGCGCGGACUGGCUCAGGAAGACAGCGCUGGGACCGGGACAGAAAACUCGCCAUGGAAACAGCACUUAACUAUGCAAAAGAGGCUGGUAAGCGGGUCUCCCACCGUGUGUACGUGGUGUAUGCUGGCAUGGAACCAAUGACGUUCAAGGCUCUCUUUCCUUAUUGGAAUGACACACCAGAUGUCAUCAGAAUACAGAAAGCGGAUGGAAAACAACCGAAUGUGAAACACUCUGCCAGCGACUUGCUCCAACAGUUCACAAAGGAUUUUUACACACUGGCUGAGCUCCAGAAGAUUCCUCCUCCCCAAGGAGUAGAUCCUGCAAAACUAGAGAAUUAUUUAAGCGACAGCGACUUCAAGGAGAUUUUCAAGAUGGAAAAAGAAGCAUUUAACAAACUUCCAGGCUGGAAGCAAGUCAAUCUCAAGAAAGCUGUUGGUCUGUUUUAGAGAGGAUUGUUGAAAAGCAAUAGGAAUUUCUUUGAAUCGGCAAAAUUUGAACUGCUUUGAAACAGCGUGAGAAAUCUCAAACGCGUCAAGAAAGGAAAUACAUGCCAAAAAAUACAUGCCAAAGAAUCUUUAGUGAGAUAUGAAAAAUUUCCCGGAGGCGCAUUUCUUUAGUCUCCUCAGGGGCGUAGCCAGGAUUUUUCAAAGGGGAGGGGGGUGGUCACAGUGUCAAAAUUAGGGUACUCACCAGA